UAAUUCACUAACUAACCAUCUUUUCUUCUAUAGCAAGCAUGGCUAGAGGUCCCAAGAAGCAUUUGAAGCGUCUGAACGCACCCAAGAAAUGGAUGUUGGACAAGCUUUCCGGAAAGUUCGCACCUCGACCCAGCGCAGGACCCCAUAAACUGAGGGAGUCAAUGCCUCUGAUCGUUAUCAUCAGGAACAAGCUGAAGUACGCACUUACCUACAGCGAGACUAAGAAAGUCACCAUGUCUCGUGCCAUCAAAGUUGAUAACAGAGUCCGAACUGACAUUGGCUUCCCUGUUGGAUUCCAAGAUGUUAUCACCAUCGACAAGACUGGCGAGCACUUCAGAAUGCUGUUUGACGUAAAAGGACGUUUCCUGAUUCACAGAAUAAAGAAAGAAGAGGCUGCUUACAAGCUCUGCGUUGUAAAGAAACUUUCAACUGCUGCUAAGGGAAUCCCAGUACUCAUCACCCACGACGGACGUACUAUCAGGUAUCCAGACCCAGACUGCAAGGUUCACGACACCAUCAAGUUGGACAUUGAAUCUGGUAAGAUCCUCGACCACAUCAAAUUCGAGCCCGGCAACCUUGCCUACAUCACUGGAGGUCAGAAUUGUGGACGUAUCGGAAUUAUCACCCACAAGGAGAAACAUCCUGGAAGUUUCGACAUUGUGCACGUCAAGGACUCAGUAGGUCACAGUUUCGCUACUCGACUCAGUAACGUGUUCCCCAUCGGCAAAGGCAAGCAAGCCUGGAUCUCACUACCAAGAGGCAAGGGAGUCAGACUGAGUAUCGCAGAAGAGAGGGACAGAAAACUUGCAGCUAAGGCCAAGGAAAUGUAAAUUAUUGAUAAUUUUUUAAUUUAUCCUAA